GCGACCUGGAGAGCUCGGUAAGAGCAGCCCGCGGCUCUCACUCUUUCUCACACACUUUAACACUGUUUUAACACGGUUUCACUGCUGUAACACCGCUGCUCACACGCGCAUCUCUGUAGCGCGGCCUCGCUCCGUGUGGACUGGUGGGCUUGUGUGUGGGGGCCGGAAGGCCUCGGGACCUGAUUUAGGCUUCGUCCCCGCGUGGGUGCCUGAGUGUCACCACCAUCUGGACGACUGACGGCUCUAAAAGUGAGCAGUCCAGUGGUGUGUAGCCGUGUGGCGUCCAGGGCUGGACUGCAGCAGGACUGUCUACUGUGAGCUGGAAGAGAGAGAAGAGAGGACCAAUGGAUUCUGAGGACGAAUGUGGACGCACUCUGGUGCAGGUCAUCAGUGAGAAGUACAGCCCAGACAACUUCCCGUACUGCAGAGGACCUGGUGUUGGAGUCGUGAUCCGCACCAGUCCUCAGGGUUCACCUGUCAAAGAUCGUCUCAAUCUACCCAGUGUGCUUGUUCUGGAUGGCUGUGGAAUCACUCAUGCUGGAGAUGAAGAGGAGGUGUCCACAUUCUGCUCUCAUGUUGUUGAGCUGGAUCUUUCAAAUAACCAGUUCAAAGACUGGGGCGAGAUCAGCAAGAUCCUGUCUAACAUCCCUCAUCUGGACUUUCUGAAUCUCAGUAUGAAUCCUCUGCAGGGAUCUAGCCUGGACUCUGUGUCGGCUGAAAAUUUCUCAGGCCUGCGCCGCCUCGUCCUCAACAACACACACGUCCCCUGGGACAUGGUGCACAUACUCACUCAAGAGAUCCCUGAGCUGGAGGAGCUCUUCCUGUGUCUGAACGAGUACGAGCGUGUGAGCUUGUCUCCGGUGGCCUGCUCUUCCCUGCGCCUCCUGCACAUCACUGAUAAUCAGCUGCAGGACUGGGGCGAGGUGCGCAAGCUGGGCCUCUUGUACCCCGGUCUGGCCUCGCUCAUCCUGGCCAACAACUCCCUGUCCUCCAUCCACGAGCCUGAAGACGCAGUACAGCGCCUCUUCCCCAACCUCACCAGCAUCAACCUGCACAACUCAGGGUUGAACAGCUGGGAGGACAUCGAGAAGCUAAAUUCCUUUCCUAAACUUCAGGAAGUUCGUCUGAUGGGCAUCCCCUUACUGCAACCCUACACUGACCAGGAGAGGCGCUACCUUAUUGUGGCAAAUUUGCCCUCUGUGAGUGUUCUGAAUGGGAGUGUGGUGACAGACGGAGAGAGAGAGGACGCAGAGCGCUUCUACAUUCGCUACCACCUGGAUUGCCCCGAGGAUGAGUUACCACAGAGGUUCCACAAUCUGGUAGCUCGUUAUGGGCGCCUGGAGCCGCUGGCUGAAGUGGAUCUGCGUCCUCUGAGCUCGGCCCAGGUGGAGCUGCGCUUUGCAGACCACAGCGAACAGCUGGAGCUCCGACUGGAUCAGACUGUGGCCGACUUUAAGAAACAGCUCAGGCCUUUGGUGCAGCUGCCAGCCAACAAAAUGCGCGUGUACUACAUUGACCGGCAGCUGGGCUAUGCACUAGCACCUCAGGAGCUUCGCUAUGGAGCCCGAGCCCUCCACUCCUACAGCAUACGGGACGGAGACGAGAUCCUGGUAGUGCCAAAGCCUCAGUGAUUAGUGGGAUACUGUAAUAAAGAUACUACAUGGGAAGAAGGGAGCACUUGAUAUGGCAGAUCUUCAAGGCAGAAAUAAAAGUCUGAGGUCCCCUAAUAAAACCAUUGUGAACUAGAAGUUCUGAAAUAAAGCGUAAUUUUGAGGCCCAGUUACAGUUUUUCUGUUGGCAACUGGGGAAGAGAGAUAGUUUUGCUAAGCUGAGAUUGGUCAUCCUAAUUCUUUUCAUCAGGAAGAGUAUUAGCCUAAAAGACACUGUGUGAGAUUGGGGAGUGACCUUUCCCUAGUUCCCCUGAUACUCUCUUGUAAAGAGAAAUGAUGUUUGGACACUGGUGCAUUUUAUGAAAAGACGUUUUAAUUGCUUGGUUGUUGUUCAAAUUUGAUAUGCGUGAUGUAUGUGAUGAGUGUGUGAGGCUGUUUCUCAGGAAUGAUGAGUAAUUCCACAAAUUUCUCAGUAGCAAAAAGCUUUUAACAGGUUAUGAUGGGGUAUCUUCAAGAGUUUGGAUGACCUUAAAGUUACAAGCACUAUAUAAAACUCUCACACAGUCUCACACAUAUGUUCUAAUUCUAUAGAAUCAAUGUUACUGGGUAUCAUGCUUUAAACCAUUUUAACACCAUAGUUUAUUUUUAUUCAGUAAAAAGCUAUUAUAUAAAUUGUAUGGCUACAGCUGCCCUAGAAUAUAGCACCAAAUAAAUGUGUGAUUAGCAAAGCACAGAAGCUUGUGUAAGCCUGUAUAAAUAUGCUAUUAUCGAGUGUAAUUCAUCUACCAUUAUUAAUGCCAAGUUACCAUAUUUGUCCAUUGUGAACCUCCCUGCACAUGUGCAAAGACACUUUUGCUCCUCUACAACAAUUUACCUUGACCUGAUUGGUGCAUAAAUAAGUUUACAUGCUCUCCUGACUCUACUUGUUAUGCUUAGUUCUAUACAUUGGCUUGCAGUGAUUAGUUUGCAUUGAAGAACAAAAGGGACCAGUCUGAAUGACAGUAAUGUUAAUGACCAUAGCCAUACUUAAUGUGCAUCUCCAGGUAAAUGUAGAUUCUCAUUUAUUCAGCUCAGAUUUAAUCACAGUAUACACAAUAUAUUUAGGUUGUGGGUGUAAUGAGUGUAUGGGUGUGUGUGAGUGUACGGGUGUGUACGUCAACUUGUAUGUUGAAAAAAGAAGAGUUUAUCCUAAGCUCAUUUUAUUAAAUGCUUCUUAUGGGUUUGGUGUAGUUUUAUGUGUAUAAUGGGUUUCGUAAUAUUAUGAAUGCUAAAAAAAAUAAAAACAAAGAUUAUGUCUGACAAAUGUAAAUAUUUGAUUUUCCAGUCAUUCUUUAGUUUUUUGGGAGGGGUCUGAAUGAAAUAUUCAACCCUAUAUACUUUCAUAUUGUCUUUGUAAUGCGAAAACUUUGCAUCCUCAUUUCAGCUGUUUGACAUCAUUUAAAUCUGGCAGUUAUUCUGUAUAUUGAGUUAGAAUUUCUUUGUUCAAAAAAGACUUUACAUCCUAUCGAAAUGUUCUGCAAAAGUUUUGUGCAAUUCAUUUUGGCAAUAAAAAAGUGAAAUAAGCCAUGUUUCCAUCCACUACACGUUUGCAAAUAAACAGCAGAAAACAUAGGUUGCUAUAAUUACAUGUGGCAUUUAAAAAAGCAAAAUUUAGAUAUUUACUGUCCAUAGUUAUUGCCUUGAGCAGAACCAUCUUUAAAGUCAUUUGCACUCUUUUUUAAAAUAGCUGUCACCUGGUUGGACACGUAGUGGCCCACCUUAAUGAGCGCUGAAAUCCCAGAUGCCACCCUGGUGACAUCUGUCAAACAUCGGGGAGUGCAAAUGCACCAGACAGUUCUUCACUGGGAGAGAAGUGCAGAGACAUUUUUUUCAGAUGAGUUUUGGUUUUGGCAUUUCAGGAUGUUGAAAGCGAUCUUUAAAAAGGUGUGUCAUGAUCAGAGCAUCUGUAGGGUCAUUUGUUUUUUUAAAUCGCCAUCGCUUGAUACAGUCUGGACAUUUAACAACAUGUAAAUGUUGGGUAUAGACUGUAUGUCAUGCAAUAAGAAUUAAACUAAUGAAACAGUAUGUCAUAAUACCAGAUGCACUAGACGCAUGUGAUACGUCAUUGUUUGUUAAUACAACAGAAAAAAUAUAUAUAUUUGUUUUUGUAAUUAUUAAAUAGUUGGGUGUUUUUGUUUUGCAAAAAUUGGUGGAUAGAAACCCUCCUAAUGACUCCUAUUGAAUGAUAAGAAGGUUUUGCUCUUUUCAUGUGGAGUUCACAUUUCAGAAAUACAAAGUUUUUGCAUGACAAUGAUGCUAUCUUCCAAAUGGCUUAAUCAUCAAAGAGGCACAGGACAGAUAAGUUUUGUUGCAUCAGGGGAUUGUACUUGUUUCUGCUUUUUAAGGAACCUUUUUACCAUGUCUGAGCUUGUGAGACCUUUGACCUUCAUUUCAAUAACAAUUACCAACAACAAAGGGUGGCUGUCAUGUUCCCUUAGGAAAUAACACAGCGAAUCCUUCACAAAUCCUUACGUUUCAUGUAUCUGGGGAGUCUCUUUUAACACAAUCGCUGCACACCAGUCUAUAUGUUAUGGGUUUUACGUUACCAGACCUUGACCCUUCUGCUCCUGUGUCAUUUCCCAGCAAAGUGGUUCUAAUCCUGGUCUUGGUGAUAUGGGGUACAGCCUCCUCUCUAGUUUCAGGCAACCCUAUGCAACCCUACACUGGACAAGAGUGUUAACAGAGAACUCAAGACCCAUUAGGAGUGCAUGUUAUCUCUAUUGAUGGGGGAAUAGCAUGCGUGGAGUUUGUUACACACAAGUUUGUUCUCUGUGUACCAUCAUUUGUCUCUCUGAUGAGUCCUGAUGAGUCCUGAUGAGCCCUUCUUGACGUAUUCUUGGCCCAUAUGUUGUCGCAAUUUGGUCCUUAAUUUGUUUUAGUCAGAAUUAAACAGCUACGUUUCCUCAGUACAAAAACAAGGAAUGGGCCAACCACUGUUCCACCCCACUGACAUCUCAUCAACGUCCAUUUGCUGCCAUUUGAGUUCUCUCUGAAUCAGUUUUAGCUCCUAAUCCUUUGAUUAGGCCAUGCUAAUACUGAUUCACCUUUGUCACUUUUCUUGGUAUCUAAUUAGAUCAGUCUUAUUUUGUUCUCAUGUUACCCUGGGAAUCCCACUAAUUCCUAGUGAUGGUCUUUUGGUCGAUGUGUCACCACAGCUGCAUGUAUCCUCGCUGCCCGGGUUUAAUCAGCGUUGUCUAUUCGCUUUCUCUAGAGCUUUCCAUCUCGGAGUUUGCCUGCCUUUCGCCUCUGUACUUCUUUUACAGUGGUUCGUUGUUUGUGUUUCACUCUAGAUAUGGUGUUGAUACUAAGCCUUUUCAGAGCAACUCCCAAAAGGCCUUUCUCCCAUGCUCCGAAACCAAAGUGUUGAUUAGCUGGUGAAAAGGGAGCAAGUGCUACUGUGUAAUCUGUCACUGCUGGGUCUUUCUGGUCGGGCUAUGUUUCUGAGAGCGGAUCCCAGGCCUGUCACAACAGUAAGGCAACUGCCAUGUCUAGGAAAAUCUUGAUGUUAUAUAGUUUUUUUUUUUUGCUGUUGUUUUAAUGUUUUGUGUAAUAUCAAUGGGUAAUCAAACGCUAUUGUACUCCUUUUUUUGUUUCCUGUGCAAUGUCUGAUCGAGAGAUGCUGAAGAAUAAAAUGCUAUCAACUGUC